AAAAAAAAUGAAAAAACCUACAUGAACCGUUUGCAGCAUGCGAAUACAUCUUACCCCGCAGUAUGACAUCGCCCCGCUCCUCCCCUACACGUGUUUGAUCGGGUUUUAAACUCUCGUAGCUUUUAGCAUUUCUCGUGUAUACACUUGCGACGCUCGGGAAGGUUUGCCACUUCUUUACACGUUUCUUUAGUUUAUUCAUCGCAAAUUGCUUCCAUAUUAUUCUUACCAUCGCAAUAACUUAUGAUUAAAUUGAUUUAUCGACGAAAAGUUGAAAAACAAACUCGUAAUGCAACCCAGUGCGUGCCGGUCGAUCGAAUGUUGCUAUAUAUAUUACUCGAGCGCUUUGUUUCCUUGUAAACUUGUGUUUGCAUCUUUGAUGCAGGAACGCGACCCCCGCUUCGCCGAAACGUCAAUUCCAUGGAAAUAGAGGAAAAGACGGAGCAAAGGCCUCAACUGGGCAAACUGUACCGCGUCGCACAGGCGAUAUCCCUCCGCGUGGAGAGCUUCUAUUACAAUCUCGGACUCCAGAUAGCCAGGCGGCCGAAACGAUGGAUGCUCGGUUGCUCGAUCCUAGUGGUGCUCUGUAUCGGCGGGGCCCUGCGCUUCCGCCAGGAAAAAAACCCCCUUAAACUGUGGGUACCCCCGGACUCGGACUUUAUCCGCGACACCGAGUGGCUCAUGUCGACCUUCCAGGAGGGCGUGAAGAUCGAGAGCUUCAUAUUCACCGCGGACGACGUCCUCGAGCCGCGCGCCCUUCUCCGGCUCAACGAGAUCACGGCGCGGCUCAUUGACGCGCAGAGCCAAAACUCGCCAAAGAUCGCCUGGACGGACGUCUGUUUCAAAGUUCCUAUAGUCACCGUCAUCUCCCAGCAGCUCGGGGACCCGGCAAACCCGUACAAGCCGGGCUUCGAUCCGGCGGCCCACCUGCCCCCGAGGUUCUACUGCGAGAUCAUCAACAGCCUGCCGAGUGGCUGCUACCUGCUCAGUAUUAUGGACAUCUGGGAGUUCAACUCGACUCUGAUAGGCUCGAUGACGAAGGAGGGAAUAGUCGACAGGUUCAACGCCGCCAGGGUUAGCCCGACCCUGGGCCAUCCCAUGAAUUUCACCGAACUUUUGGGCGGUGUCACCCGGGACGAUAGCGGGAGGAUCGUCAAGGCCAGGGCUGUCAAGACGCGGUGGAUCGUCCACGUCAACUUCACCGGCGUCGACAUGGACCAAACGGGAAACGACGCCGGCACCGCAGACUGGACGACGAGGGACGUGUACGAGUGGGAGGGUUCUUUUCUCCGCGAGCUCGAGGAGGCUCAGGUCGAGCUGAACCAGAGACGAGAAAAAUCCAACGACAGCAGCGAUGCGUAUUCGGUGUACUACGAGGCCGGGCGCAGCUUUGGCGACAUAAGCAGCGACAGCAUUUUCCACGACAUCGACAAACUCGUGCUCGGCAUCGUCAUCAUGUCCAUCUACGUGAUGCUCAUCCUGUCAAAGUUCAACUGGAUCGAGUUGCGAUUCUGGCUGACGUUCGUGGCGAUGUUCUGCAUAACUGGGGCGUUCAUCGUUGCCAUCGGCUUGUGCUCCUUGGCUGGGAUCCCGUACGGGCCCGUGCACACGUCCCUGCCCUUCAUGCUGAUGGGCCUCGGCGUCGACGACACCUUCGUGAUGAUGGCCUCGUGGGAGGAGGUCAACUCGCAACUCAGGCACCUCGGCAAACCCCUACCCGAGCGAGUGGCUCUGGCCCUGAGUCACGCCGGCGCCGCCAUAUCCGUCACCUCGCUCACCGACGUCGUUGCAUUCGUCAUCGGCGCCUCGACCAUCCUCCCGUCCCUGAACUCGUUCUGCAUAUACGCGGCCGUGGGCGUUUUGGUGACGUUCGUGCUGCAAGUGACGUUCUUCGUGGCGUUCUUCACCCUGGACUGCGAGCGCGCCGAGAGCAAGCGCAACGGGCUGCUGCCGUGCGUGACCCACCCGAGUUUCGGCUCGCCCACCAAGCGGCCCCACGAGUCCGUCUCGUGGAAGGUGAUUGACGCCCUCUACGUGAACGUGGUCCUCACCACGCCCGGGAAACUGGCCAUUGUGGCCGUCACGGUGGCUCUCGCUGCCCUCGGCGCCGUGGGCUCGACUCGGCUGGAGCAGUGGUUCGAUCCCAUGUGGUUCCUCCCGAAAGACUCUUAUCUCAGCGAGUACCUGGCCGUGAGGGAGAGCGAGUUUCCCAAGGUCGGUUUCGAGGCCAACGUCUUUGUCAGCGACGUGGACUUUGUCAGGCAGUUUCCCAAGAUCCUGAACCUCAGCAGGACGAUGCAGGCAGCGCCGUUCGCCGAGAGCGUCAAGAACUGGGCCGACGACUUUGUCGAGUUUGUCGAGGCCAACUUCCACAAAGAUGCGGAAAACGGUACGCUGGCGGAGAGCGAGUUUAGCGUCUACCUGUCCAAGUUCCUGUACAGCCGAGUGGGGGCCAAGUACCGGCGCAACUUUCGCUUCGCCGACGGCAACAACUUGACCUGCGGCGAGCCGGCGCCGAAGCUGCUGAUGGCAAGCAUAGACUUCAACUUUGUCAAGUUUACCUCGCCGUACGAGUGGAUUCCCGGGAUGGACGGCGCGAAGGACACGGUCGCCACGUUUGGUCUGGACAGCGAAGGGGGCUUCGUCACGGUUUGGAGCGAGGUCUUUGCCUCGUGGGUCACGGACAAGGUCAUAUCCCAGGAGGUAGUGAGGAACUUGAUUCUCGCGCUUGUCUGUGUGAUGGGCAUGACCGCGAUCCUCGUGGCCGAGCUCCAGACUUGCUUCUGGAUACUGAGCUGCGUCCUGUUGACGCUGCUCGACGUCUGCGGCUUCAUGUACUUCUGGGGCAUGACCAUCGACGUCGUCUCGUGCAUAGGUCUCGAGUUGGCGGUGGGCUUGUGCGUGGAUUACGCGGCCCACGUGGCGCACGCCUUUCUCAACGUCAGCAGCUCAGGGAAUCUCGAGCCACGAGCCGACAGGUCGGCAAGGGCCCUGAUCGCCGUGCGCCACAUUGGCUCGGCCGUGCUCUUUGGUGCGGGCUCGACCCUGCUGGCCCUGUCGCUGCUUUCGUUAUCGCGCGCCUACGUGUUCCGGACCUUUUUCAAGAUCUUUCUCCUCGUCAUUAUCUUCGGGCUCUGGCACGGACUGCUACUGCUGCCAGUGGUCCUCAGUACCAUUGGACCGCGAAGUCUGCGCUCGGAUGGCCAAUACGUUCAGGCUGGGGACAAGCAAGUGCAGGUGGAACGAGUGGAUGCGGCGGCAGUGCCGCUGAACAAGUGAUUUUUUUUUUUAGUUAAUUUUCUUUUUUUUUCCAUUUAUAAUAUUUAUUUGUCGUUUCAUAAACAUACAAAAUUGUUACAACUACAUUUAUACAAACGCAACGGGUUAUCGUCGUUUCGUUGAACGAAGUACGUAUUAACUUAAAAAAGAGAAUCAGAGACAUGGACAAAUGACAAUUGUUUUGUUUUUGCAACGAUUAACGAAAUAAGAGGAGUUAUUAACUUCUUAGGGAUGGCGACGUUGACCAUCUUCACAUACAUUUACAAUUAUAUAUAUAUAUAUAUAUAUAUAU